CGGUGAAAUUAUUUGUAUCUUCAAUCUCUACUUGUGAAUAAUCCUUUUGUUGGUUAGUCCGUACUUAUGUUCUUGAUUUAUUUCGGAACUGAGCGUUGAAAAAGUACCUCUGUUCGGUUCCUCCUGGACGAUCAUUCUUCCUUUUCUUGCCAUCAUAUGAAGGUUUUUAUGAGACAUUUCUUCCCAAGUAGGAUCUCUAUAACCUCAUAUCUGGUACUAUUUUGGCGAAUUUUCGAAGUCACUUUUACCAUUCUCCUUCGUCUUAAUGAGUCAUUAUAAAGGGAAAUAGGAUUUCUUCAGUGAAAUUUUCACAAGACGAGCUAUUCAAUACAGAUUUGCCGGCUUUCAAUAAGACUUUAUACUCAUGUAUUCUUUCAUUAACAUCUUGUUUAUUAACGUACCACCUCAGUUACUACUGUAAACGGUGACGUUAGUAGGAACACCAAAAAUGGAUAUAAUCACACACUCUCGGUCAGUCUUGUCUUCGGAGUGAUCUAGGAUUCCAGUAUUAAGGAAACGAAGUAUUUAUUUACUAUUAUUGUUUAAAUAACACGCUUUUUUGGAAUACAAGCACUCGGAUAGCUCAAUUAUAGAUGAGCAUAUAAGCGUUGAUUAUUGGAAAUCAUGAUUAUGUUGCGAAAUCUUCUAUUUAGGCGUACGAUUAUUCGUCCAUCAUAUGUAACAUUUAAUAGUCCCUGGCAGCGGAUCUACUCUGUGCGAUACUUUCAUUGUUCGUUCGUGUCACGUACGGAUGUUAGCGAGUCUUUGCAAGAGUAUUUCAAGGGGAGAAUAAACGAAAGUAUUGCAUCUGACUAUGUAUUUAUGCGGAUGAAGGAUGAAGGACGACCAAAUAAGCUUAUAUGGUGUAGUCUUCAUCAAGCAAUUUCGAAUGCCAGGGACAUGGGGGAUCAUGCAGUGCUGAAAGUCGCAGACCGUUCAGAAAAUGUAGAACAUCCUAUUUGUGUUUAUGCUCCUAUUCAAUUGCUAACGAGUAAACAAAACGAGAAAGCUGUACAGGAAGACAAAAUCCGUCGAUCGAAACAUAAGAGUAAAACUCGCCUACGAUAUAUACUUUUGUCAUGGAGAAUUGAUAACAAUGAUUUAAAGAGAAAAUUGAAGGGAGCCGAAAAAUUUCUUCAAUCUGGUAUUUCGGUAGAAAUCCACAUUGAAGGUAAGAAAAAUACUCCUCCAGCGUCUUCUGAACAAAAGAAAGAGGUUUUGGAUGCGAUAUCUCAAUUAAAUCGUAUUGCCAAGGAAUCGACACCUCCUAGUAUUUCCAAGAACUCUGCAACUUUUUAUUAUCAAGGUAGCGAAAACUAGAUUCUACACACUAUCCUUUUAUAAUCCCCUUUUUUUGAUGCAUAGUCCGGAUAUUUAAAAUUAUUUUCUCUUCAAAGAAGAAUCUAGUCUUGUUUCAGCUGCUGUUUAACAGGCUUCAUGGAAGAGGUGAAGCUUCUACUUAGAUUUUCUUAUCGUUGGAAGUCAUUCAUCAAACGUAGUUCUUCGUCACCAACUUUUUUUAUUACAUUAAUACUUUAUUUUAUUCUCUCUUUGAUAUGAACCAAACAUUUGUAACACCUUUUUCAAAUCAUCUGAUCAAACAGG